AUGGCCGAGCAGAAGAAGUCAGCCGUGGCGUCGGCCGUGGACGUCGAGUCUGGCCAGGGUCCCGCGUCGAUACCGCAUUGGAGGCUCGUCGUCGACCAAGCCCUCGUCACCCCCGAGGUGCUGAACUGGAAGUACGAAGGCAGUGGAACCGCCGAGGAUCCCUACGUGGUCAAGUGGAUCGAGAAUGACCCCAGGAAUCCGAUGGGCUGGUCCAAGAAAUACAAGUACUGUCUCAGUGUGACUAUGGCGCUGGCGACCCUGGCCGUGGCAUUCUGCUCCUCCGCAUAUUCGGGCGCCUUGACCAGUUUGGUCAUGGAGUUCGGCAUGAGUCUAGAAGUCGCCACUUUGGGCAUGUCGUUCUUCGUCUUGGGCUUCGCUCUGGGUCCGCUUCUCUGGGCACCGUUCAGUGAGCUCUACGGCCGCCAGAUUCUGUUCAUCCUGACUUUCGGCGCCUUUACCUUUUUUAAUGCCGGCUCGGCGGGUGCGCAGAACACGCAGUCGAUUUUGAUCCUGCGGUUCUUUGCUGGCUCAUUUGGAUCGUCGCCCUUGACGAAUGCGGGCGGUGUCAUCGCAGACAUGUUUAAUGCGAAGGACCGUGGUCUUUGCAUGAGUAUCUUCAGCCUUGCGCCUUUUAUGGGACCUGUCCUCGGACCCAUCGUCGGAGGUUUUCUGGGAGAAACCGAGGGAUGGCGGUGGAUUGAAGGUCUGAUGGCCAUCUUCUCCGGUGCACUAUGGAUCCUCGGUACCUUCUGCAUGCCCGAGACGUAUGCGCCCGUCCUCUUGAAGAAACGUGCCGCGAAACUAUCUCAAAUGACUGGCAAAGUUUAUCUUAGCCAGGCAGAGAUUCGCUCUGGACCAGUCUCGCUCAAAGAAGCUCUUUCGACGAGCUUGUCCCGCCCGUGGAUCCUGCUCUUCAAGGAACCGAUCGUGCUUCUUUUGACCAUCUACCUUGGAGUAAUCUACGGCACGCUCUACAUGCUUUUUGGGGCGUAUCCGAUUGUUUAUCAGAUCGAGCGUGGCUGGACUGCCGGUAUUGCGGGCCUCCCCUUCAUCGGCAUCGCUAUUGGCAUGGUAGGAUCGGUUGUGUAUACCAUCGUGUUCGACGACAAGCGGUAUCGGCGCAACGUGGAAGAGCAUGACGGGUAUGCGCCUCCCGAGGCCCGUCUCCCCCCUUGCCUUCUCGGAGGCCUCAUUCUUCCGCUCGGGCUGUUCUGGUUUGCGUGGACGAAUUAUCCCUCGCUGCCGUGGGCGGCGAGCGUUGCUGCGGGGAUUCCGUUUGGCUUCUCGAUGGUGCUCAUCUUCCUGAGCGUGAUGAACUACCUGAUCGACUCGUACACGAUCUUCGCGGCGUCGGUGCUGGCAGCGAACUCUGUACUGCGGUCCGUUUUUGGCGCUGCUUUCCCACUUUUCACGAAGCAGAUGUAUGCCAACUUAGGCAUUCACUGGGCGUCGACUGUUCCCGCGUUCUUGGCGCUUGCGUGUCUUCCCUUCCCCUUCCUCUUCUACAAGUACGGCGGCCCGAUCCGGAUGAAGUGCAAGUACGCAGCAGAGGCAGACGCUUUCAUGAAGAGUCUGCGUGAGUCGGCAACAGUCACGACGCCGUCAGGGGCGUCGUCGAGCAGAGGGGAAGAAGUGGAAGAUGAGAAGGAGAUCGAGACGCGCAGCGGCAGCAGCAGGGCGGGAGAGCAGCAGGACGAGGAGGCGAGGUUUGAGAGGAUCAAAACGGGCCACUCGGCGACGACGCACAGGGAGGUGCCGCAGUACGAAGAGAGCCCGUUCGAGAUUGACCGAGUGCACACACGGGAAAGCUUCCGCUCGCACAGAUCCAAGACGGAGAGCUUGGCGAGGAAGAUGAGCAGGAAGUAG